AUGAAGAACGGAUUGGAUGAACAAUUGGAGGCCAAAAUAGCCGACCGUAAUGAACGUGCUAAAAAAAUUUAUCGGCAUGUUACUGACGUUUCGAGACGUAUUGGAGAGGCAACUACCUCAUGCCAUAGUGUUUCAGAUCUCUUUACUACGAAUAUUGAAAUACAAAGGCAAAAGCUUCGUGAAAACUGUGAAAAGCUAUUCUUUCUUGAUCCCCUAAACUAUGCAAAGAAAUCUUUAGAACUUCUUUGGCGUAAAGUUUAUUAUGAAACAGUAUGUGCAGCAAAAAAGUUCCGUGAAUCUAAUAAUGAAUUUGAUGGUUAUUUGUUUACUCAUAUUAUGAGUGGAAUUGGUAAUUUUCAUCAUUUUAUAACCAGGAUAGAGUCUGAAAUGAGAGUAAAGAUAAAAGAUCUAGACUAUAUGCCUUUAGAUGUUGAUGCAGAGAAUGUUGAAACAAAUCAGACAUUGAAUGACGAUGAGUUGCAGCUUGCUAGAUCAUUACUGUUUUCUUGCUUAAUUUACCUUGGUGACUUAAGCCGCUAUCAAGUGGAAAUUUUUAAUAUAUUUGAUCAAUCAAUAGCUGCCCGUUAUUAUCUACAAGCUGCUCAGGUGGAUUUGUGUUCAGGUAUGCCUUACAAUCAAUUGGGUAAUUUGUUUUUAGACAAGAAUUACAACCUAGACUCUGUAUGCUAUUAUAUUCAUUGCUUGAGUACAGUAGCACCUUUUGAGGGAGCUAUGGGCAAUCUGAUAAAAAUUUUUGAAAAAAAUAACCAAUUUCUUGAAACACUUGGUGAUUCAGAAUCAUGCACCCAAACUGAACAUAUUCAAAAUACAAUAGCAGAGUUCCUUUCGUUAACUGAAAUAUGGUAUCUUGGUAAAGAAGAUUCAAGCAUUCCAAAGUUGUGUAGUAACAUAGCUCAGAAACUAAAACUAGGAAUUGACUUCAAUAUUAAUCCUUUACCAGAUAUAAAUAAAAAUUAUACUGAGUAUUCACAAGCCAUUGAAGAGGAACAAAUUAAUCCCUCUUAUUUAAACUCUAAUUUGAUCCACAAUAUUGUAGAAAUAUGUCUUUUUACAAAUGCAAAAAUAAUUGAGACAGAUGAGCCUAAAGCCUUUGCUUGUAAAGCUUUUACUUUGGCAUUUUUAUCUCAGUUGCUACAAAAAUUACACAAACAUUUGGAAUCACUUGGACUUAAAAGUCCAGCAUAUAAGUACAGACCAAGAACACAGUUGAGACAAAUAUCAGAAGAAAAUAAAAAUGAAAAUGAUGAACCAAAAACAACAGUUGAUAAUAUAAUUGUAAACGGAUUAAAAAUAAAUGAACCAUAUAAUGGGACUAGCCCAAAAGCCAAAGAAUCUGAUAAUGAAGAUUCUAAAGUAAUUAAUGGAGAAGCAAAAAAUGCAAAAAAAAUAUUGACCAAGCGCAGAAGACGUCGUCGAAUUAUAUCUUCAGAAAGCUCUGAUGUAAGUGAUGCGGAUACUGAGAGUAGUGAAAUUGAAAGUGAUAAAUCUGCAUCAGAUGAUGAUGAAAUAUCUGAUUCUACUUAUGAGUCAGAAGAUAAUUCCAAAAGUGAAGAUUCACUGUAUGAAGAAACAGAUGAAGAUGUUCAUAUUAAUGGAAAUAAUGAAAAUGAUACAUAUAAUCAAACAAAGGAGAGUAAGCUCACUAAAAUAGAACAAGAACCUAAGACGAGUUUCGAAAAAAGCAUUCAUAAUGAAUCUCAAAGUAACAAUGAAAACAAAUUAGACAUUGAAGGAAUUCAAGCCUUUUUAUUGGGUAAUAAUUUCUUACCAAGUAUCAAAUUGUUACAAGAUUGGGUGCUGACAGAAAAGGACCUUAUCAUCUCUUGUGGUGAGAGUGGUGAAUCUUUAUUCCAGUGUGUUGUAGAUUUACUUAACAUUUUUUUAUAUUAUUUCAAUUCUAAAAGUGAAAAGCUUCCAAAAGAGGAUUGUAAGGUUUUGGACUAUGCAAAAAUUGUUGUGAGGAAAUUAAAACUUGAAUACAAAACUAUUCCAUUGCCAGAAGAUAUCAAUUUACGUGGCACUAAUAUAUGCAAAUUUGACAAGGAUGCUGCAGAAUGGCAAAUAUUACUGAAAUACAAACCUUCCAUUUAUGAAGAAAAUAUAAUCAGAAUGUUAAACUUUAUAGAUUUUGGAUACCAGAUUGCUAAGAUUGUACCUAGGAUAAGAUACAACAGAACCAUGAAAAUAUUUUAUUUAAAAAAACUCUUAGCUCCAAAGAUUAGCACAAGGGUAAAUCACAAAAGAAGCAGGGAAUGGCACAACUCAAAAAAAACGAUGGAAUCUAGAGAGGGUGGAUUACUUCGGCGUUUAGGGCGUCUGUGGUUAGCCUCACAAGUGAAAGAGUUAGAGCGUACUGGCCACACUCCAGUACCAUCUCUUCUUGCUCUCGACACGGCUACACUGUAUAAACAUCUGAAAAGAGUGAAGCAACUGCUGAGAACACGUAACUUUAUAUUUUUAAUUCCGACAGUAGUAUUGCAAGAACUUGAUGAAUUGAAACGGGAACGAAGCUCAGCUAGAGAUGCAAUACGCUGGCUUGAAAUCCAACUGAAAAGUGGAUCGCGAUUUCUUAGGACGCAGCGUCCAGGACAGUCUAGACCUUUGCCCUUACUAAAAUACCCGCGAAAGGCACCUCCACAUGUACACAACUUUAUUCAACUAUUGGAGUUUUGCAACCAUUUCAUUGAAAACGAAAAACAAAACCAAGGUGGAAACGGAGAUCCCGAUAACUUGGUACAAAGCAAGACUGCACCAUUAUUGAUACUGUUGGUAGGAAACGAACCAGGUAAUGACGAAGAGCAAUACAAAGAGUUUAGUUUGAUGGGCGCCGCCCACUCUGCGGGUAUUUCGGUCGAGUACAUCGGCGACUUCUAUAUGAAGUGGCGCAAAACUGUUCAUAAAAACGGGAAAAAAAGAUGA